AUGAAGCUGUCUAUCCUUUCCACUCUUGUUCUUCCCUUCCUGGCGGCCGCCGGCCCAUCGGGAUACCAGAUCUUGUCCUCUCGCUCGGCCUCUCCCGUCCACCUCCUGCCCAUGAAUGCCAAUGGAGGAGCCUUCUACCUGGGGGGAAACACGUCGACUUACUGUCCUCCCCAGGUUGGCAGUUGUCCCCCGGGGACGCAGACCGUUCUCGCCCCAGGAGGCGCUGCAUUGGACGUCACCGUACCUGGAGGCCAAGAGCUCUACAUCUCCCCCACUGGGGCCCUGAGCUUCACCCAGCCUCACUCAGCCUAUGUCCCCCCCGGUUCAGUGCUGGGUCCGUUCAGCAUCGCUGCCCGCUCUGGUUCGACGCUGCCUCAUUACUCGACCACCGCUUGGGGUGCGUCGGGGUUCAUGGCUUGUCCCACGAAAGAUCAUCGGUGGCAGGUUUUCGUGGCUGCGCAGAAUGUCACAGCCCCCUUGGGCAAGGUGGAGGACUGUCUUGGGUUUAGUGCUAUUGCUUUCCCGUAUAAUGGGUCCAUUCCUGCUUGGGAGUAUGUUUAG